CAAAAAGCAAGAUGGAAGAACGUCGUCAAAGAUCGAAUGAGAAAGUCAAUGGAUAAUUAGAUUAUUAAACUAGGAAAAUGAUAUCACCAUAAACUGAUGUGAAUUUCAAAAAAGAAAAUUCAAAUCCUUUGGAUUAAAAUAGCAGCUUUUAUUCAUUAAAGGGUUAUGAAAGAUAAGCUCCCUAUAAAUCAAAUUAAUAUGAUUAGAAUCGUCAAACUGGAGAACCAUUAAAAAUAGGAUCUACAAAUAACCCAUACCUUUAGCAAUCUGUAUCCAAUAACAAUGAGUAAGAACAAGUGAAACCAUUUAUUCGAGCAUAUCAAGAAGGAGAUCAAAGAAAACCAUUAGAUUAAGUUAAUUACUAAUAACAAUAGCGAUAAUUGAAUGAAAGGGGGAUAAUUAGUCCUUAGGGGAAUCUAGAUAAUUAAAAAAGAGAUACAAUGGGAACUAGGACUCCUUUUGAUCCAAACGUAAAUUUGAGUUCCUAAACUCCACAAUCAAGAUAAGAUAAUUGCAGAAGAGAUGCCUAAUAAUCAGAAUAGAAACGAGAGUUCCAAUUACCUGAAUACAAAAGAAUGUAUCCAGAGGAUCAUCGGAUUCAUUAGAGACAGAUGAGUUCCUUUGACAUGAAGUAGAUGCCAAUUGAUCAAGGAGAUAGAACUAGAUAUGAAUAAGAAAGAAUAAAGACAGUAGGAGGAUAAUAAGAGUAGCCUGAAGGAAUGGACAGAUUAAUAAGACCAGCUGAUUAUGUGAGGAAAUCAAACAAUAAUGAUUUUUAUGAAUAAGAUAAAAGAGUUUUGGAGAGAAGAGAAUAAUUUUAAAGAGAAUAGGGUCUUUAUGAUUAAAGAAAUUCUGCGAAAUCUUAGGAGUACUCUUAGAGACAAUAAAUUUAAAAUAAAAGACCUUAGGAAGUGUCGAAAACUCCAAUUGAAGGAAGGGUUAGUUAAAAAAGAGGCUUUGAUGAUCAAAUAAAAUACGAUGGAAAAUUUAAUUAAUCAUAAUACCCAUACCCUGAAAGCAGGAAUUAAUAAUAAUAGUUCUAUGAUAUGCAACCUCCCUUAGAGGAUCAAAGAAGAAUGCUCAACCCUUAUGAUGAGAAAAGAUAUGCAAAUCCAUAUGAAAAUAGACCCUAAAUUUAAGAUUAGAGACCCCAUUUUGAAAGAAAACCAGAUCGACCUGAAUAUGAAAGAAGACCAGAUCGACCUGAAUUUGAAAACAGAUCUCCUUUUUAAGCAAGAUUUGGCCCAGAAGGUAGACCUGAAGUUGAUUAAAGAGUGCCCCCAGAGUAUCGAAAUUAGUAAGGGUACAAUUAUGAAAGAUUUUAAUAACAUGGAUUUAGGUAAGGUAUGGAAGAAAAAUAUCAAAAUGAAGUUAGAUAACCAUAAAAAACUUAGUUUCAAGAAAUACCAGCUUGCAAUGGUCCAGAUAGAUUUUAAGAAGCAAGAUAUGGGAUGAAUUAUAGAAAAUAUCCAGAUGGCCGAUUUAUUUAGGAUGGAUAAAUAGAAAGGAGAGUUUUGUUAGAAGGAAGUUUUGGAGUAAUGGAAGGAAGACCUGAAUUACAAUAAGGAAGGCCUGAAUUACCAUAAAGAAGACCUGAAUUACCAUAAGGAAGACCAGGAUUGAUGGAAGAAAGAUACAUGGAGGGAAGAUAAUAGUAAAUAGAGGGUAGAGGGGGAUUAAAUAGGACAUAUGGAGAAGAACUCUAUUAAGGUGCAUCAAUUGAAGGAAGAAAUGGAUUCGAUGUACCCAGAGAAUAGUUUGGUAUGAGGCCUCCCAUUUAAAACAGACCCUAUGAGGAAAGAGGAAAUAUUGAAUAAAGGGUUCAUAUUGAGACUAAAAAUUAAUAUUAAAGAGAAUUUGAUGAUAAGUUUGGUGAUAGAUAUUUUUUAUAAAAACAUACACAAUAUUAAGACAUCAUGGGAAGAAAAGACUUUGAUAGGUCUGAUUAUGGAAAUUUGAGAGAAGAAUUAGAUAGAAGGAAUAAUUUUGGUAGACCGGUAAUGGAGACUAAUAUGUCAGAAUUAGGAAAAAGAAGAGAGUUUGAUGGUAUGACAAGACCAGGAACCAAUUUUGGAAGGACUAAUGAUGUAGGUUAGAAACCAGAAGAGAGGUAUUUAAGAAGAGAAUAUCAGGAUUAAGGAUAGAGAUUAAGUUAUCAUGAUGACACUUCAGUAAUUGAUAGAUUGGGAUUGGAGAAAGGAACUAAUAGAAAAAUCAUAGGUAACUAAGCUGCAGAAAAUAUGUUAAGAGGAGGACAACAAAUGAACAGAUAAUAUGAUAGAGAGAGAGGAUUCAAUAGAUUAGGAAUGGGAGAAAGAGUGGGUAGUUUUAAUAAUAAUAAUAAAAUGGGUUAUUAAAGAACAGCAGUUCAAGAUAGAGAAGAGUAUUAAGCUUAUGUUAGAUCCAAACUUUUGCUUAAGCCAGCAUUAGAUAAUGAUAUUAAUGACUUAUAGAGAAUGAAAUCCCAAGAUCAGGGAUUCCAAAAAUGUACUUAUAUUUAUAUCAUUUUUAGUGCAAAGUCCUAAGGGAUAGAUAGAUACUCGGAUAGGAGGUUAUGAUAUUUAGAGAAGAGAAGGAAGGAUUUGA